AUGUUUCAAAGGAACACCAAAAAGUUUGAGGCAGGUGCGGAACCUGUUUGUAAACUUGAAACAAUCCAGUAUCUCAGCAAUAGCAGACCCUUUGCUAACACUUUGAUUGGAAUGGCGCCGUUGACUCCGCAACCGAAGCGGGAGCAUAUCCACGAGCAGAGAUCAAGAAACGACUAUGGAGCAAUGUCUCAGUUCACCCCUCCGAAGUCCUCAGAAAAAAGACAUCCAGAAGGGCUUAACAUCAUCCAUGAGGACGAGUCACUAUUUUCGGAGCUCAUGAUCCCAAUCAACGGCAGUGACGACGAAGAUCAGAAAGAUUGGGUUGAAAGGAUCCUCAAACAGCAAACACAGGAGAUACGUUCGUGCGACUUGCUUGCGGACUCCCUCGUGAGUGGGAGCAGUCCCACUCUUCCAGACGAGUCUCCAGCGGCCACCGUUGACAUGAAAGACCUUGACAAUCUGACUGCUGCGGAGGACCGACAUGAUGACAUGUUGCGCAUCUUUAGUGUCCUUCGUGAUGGACUUCGCGACUACAACUACCAACUUGCUAAUGCCGGACCGGAAAGCGUGGUUAUGGUGCGCUCUGACUUCCUUAUCAACUACGGCCAGAGCGUCGGGUGCACUCUGCGCACAAAGAUGAUCAACGAUUACUUGACGAUGGCCAGAAACGACGAAGAGCUCCUCAAUUACGGAUUAUCGCAUCAGCUGGCAGACAUGACUAUUCUGGAGGAAAUCCGGAAUUUGGUCCGCGAAAGCGACCGCAAAAGAAAGCUCUACAAUAAAAGAAAGAACACGAUGAUGGAAAACAAGCGUUCUGUCGUGAGUUCUACUCCUGAAAUUGGUGGCAGUCCAGCAGAAAGUGGGGAUAGAAAAAAGAAGAGCCGGUCUGGAAAAGCUAAGGGUUUUAGUGUGGAGAAAAUCUGCAUAGGAUACUAUGGCAAUAAUCAUCUGAGCGCAGUUGCCAACUUGGACCAGAUUUUAAAAGUUGAAGAAGACGAAAAGUAUGUUAUGGACCUUCGCAACAAAAACAACUUUUUGAGAGCUUGCAUUGAUGACAUCUACUCGCCUAAUUUAGUGUUUGACCACUCUUUACUGUACACUAAGGUGCCAUUGAACUUGAACCCUGAUUUGAGCAUUGAUUUGGAGUCUAACAGGGCCGUGGCUUACGCAGAAAACACGCUUUGGGUAGCUUCCCAUCUGGCUCCAAAUGCAGUUUCAAGCGAGAAAUUCUCCAGACUUUUACAGAUGCGGGUCAUCGUCAAAGUCUACGAUUGCGACAAACUGUUGCUAAAACGCACCGAACCUGUUACCGGGCAUCUGCUCUCGGACAACGCACAUAUGAAAAUCAACUUGCCUCUGAACGCAAAAUACUGGUCCAGUCUGAUCAACGAGUAUUCAAACGGCUCUAUCGACGGUUCCAAAUUUGAAAAUAUCCAUAUCACCCACACGAUGUAUUUUGACGAGGAACCAGAUAUCGUGAAAACGGGUAAAGACGUUCCUAUUCAUUCGUUGAUAUGGGAAUUCUUGUUGAACAACCAGAUCAACUAUCUGCCGCACUCCGUUAGUGUGCAGAAGAAAACGGAUCCGCGAAAGCCGCUGACGAUCAACAGCGUGAGGUCCAACUCGUUCUGCGAACCAUGCCCGGUUGCAAACAGAGGUCACAAAAGAACCAGAUCAAGAUCACUCACUGACCUGACUACUCUUCGUCCACAAAUGCAUCCACCGCCAAUGUUCCAACAGAUUGUGCCAAAACCUCAACCAUUGCAAGACAUCGCCGUGAGCUCUGCUCCGGCCAUCCAAACACGUUUUGCUAUCAACGAUCCAAAAAACAUUCAACGGUAUCAUAUGCAUUUGCAAGCUGCACAGAUCAGGGCGCAUCAAUCUCAGCAGAUUGCAUUGCAACAACAGCAACAGCUGUACAACAGCUUUUAUGGCGCUGGGCCAGAGGUCCAGUUCAUUCCUCAGGAAUUCCAGUAUCCACAAUCACACAACAGCUCGGAUGACUCGAUUUCCUCCAACUCUUCCAUCGAUCACACGCAUGCCUCGUUUUCGGGCUCGAUCCAGACUACGAAAAGCUCGGUCAGUGGCUCUACAGGCGUGACUCCUCGACUAAAGGAGUUCCAGUUUGAAGUUACCACUAUACCUCCGCCCCAGGAAGCAGAAUUUGGCUCUGGAAAUCAAAGCUCACCUACAUCGUCGACUAUCUCUGCCCAUUCCAACGAUGGGCAUGAGAGCUCGAAAAAGAAGGGCGGCACCAACACACAGCCGUACCUGCCCGGUAUGGGUUCGAUCAACCUCAACGUCGGUGAUGGCAGAGCCAGCGAGCUGGAUUGGAAGUUUUACUACUAUAACCCUUAA